AUGGACCUCCACCAACCCCAUCCGAUGAUUCCUGUUCUGACAGAGCGAGCGGCUCGGUAUAGACCACAGGACGAGAGAGCUUCCAGGAAAAAAGAGCGUUUGGUCGAUAUAGUGACGGAAACUGUGCUCAAGACACCCAAGAAGUACCACCGAACCCUGGAAACCAGGAUCAAAUGCCUUGAUGAAUGUAUCCAGGCCCUCAAAGAAGAUCGAGAUAGCGAGCCACCUAGGAACAAGAUAGAAUUGAGGACAACAAACGCAGAAUCAAGCACUGCUCAGAAGAUUCGAGAGUGGCUGUCCGCGACCUGGAGCAUAGUAUCGUUCGAGCUUAGGAAAAGCACAAAGAGAAAGAGCUUUAUCAAAGCUCAACAGAUUUGUUUACAGCUUGAAGAAGCCAAGGAUAGGCUCUGCUCAAUACACAAGGGCGCCUUUUGGGAAAGUAUACCAAGUCCUAUCAUACAGCAAACAGAAGAUAUCAGAAGCAAGAGAAGCGCGGUGAGAGAAUCGCAGCGAUAUCCAGCUAUGGAGAUGGGUUGGAUCAACACAGAGUCUGUAAGGUUGACUGAAAUUCUGUCGAGGGCUUUAGAUGACUGUGAGAAAUUGGAACAGGAGACUCGCAUGAACAAAGUCCUUUCACCAUGCUCCUCUUGCCGUGCGCCCGUAUGCACAAAAGAUUAUAUCAUGCAGCACAAAGAAGAAGUCUUGAGGUUUUGGGGGAAAAUAGUCGAGAUCGAGUCACUAGCGGAAGAGACUGUAGUUCAGAGUGUGGUGACUAGAAAAUUUAAUGCACUGCCAAGCAUGCGUCGCGGGUAA